UUAAAAUCGUAGGAAUGGGUUCAUGAUGAAUAAAAGCUUCAAGCAACACAAAUGAUACUCUUAGAGAGAUCCAAGAGGAAACCAGUAGCAGCGAUCUUGAGAAAGUCAACGACUUCAAGAUCAAAAUCCAGAAUCUCAAAAGAGAACAUCAAAGAGGACGAAUUAACACAUUUGAUCUGUUAAGAGACGCACUUGAAGAACUAGAUCUAACUGAAGAGCCUAUUAACGAGCAUUAUGAGCUAGGCAAGAUUCUUGGCUCUGGUAAGUACGGAGUGGUCAGGAAAGGUGUUGCCAAAAACAACCCUGAUUUCAGAGUUGCAGUGAAGGUUAUCGAUGUCAGCAAAUUGAACUCUCAGUUCCAUUCAUUAAUCCAAGAAAUUUUAACGCUGAAGAAGGCUGAUCACCCCAAUAUUGUAAAAAUUCACGAAAUGUACAGAGACGAUGAAACCCUGUACCUCGUUAUGGAGUAUGUGGAUGGAGAGGAGCUCUUCGAUUUCAUUGCUGAUAGGUUCAAACUCAAAGAGAGCGAAGCAUGUGAUAUCAUCGAACAAUUGGUGAAAUCCAUUCGUUAUUUAAAUACGCUUGGAGUGGUCCACCGAGAUCUCAAGCCUGAGAAUAUCAUGAUCAAUAAGAAAACAUUCCAAAUUAAAAUACUAGAUUUUGGUUUAUCCGCUUAUUUCGACGAAUCAAGUCAAUUACGUAGUAAAGUUGGAACUCCUUACUACGUUGCCCCUGAAGUCCUCAAUGGUGAAUAUGGUAAAGAAUGUGAUAUGUGGAGCGUAGGAGUCAUCUGCUACAUUCUUUUAGUCGGAUAUCCCCCAUUCAACUCAAAGAAUCUCAAGAAAAUCUAUGAAAAAAUUAGAGAAGGAAAACCUGAUUAUUAUCAAUCAGAGUGGGAAAAUUUGUCUAAAGAUGCCCUUGACUUCACAAAUAAAUGAAUUCAGAAAGAUAUUUACAAAAGGAUGACUCCAGCCAAAGCUUUGACUCAUUCCUGGAUUACCAAUAAGAAGACUUUUAAAGGAGAGAUAAACACAACUGUGCUCAGAAGACUAGCUAAUUUUAAGAGUCCAGACAAACUCAGGAAGGAAAUCUUCCAAGUGCUAGUCUGAAACGUCCAACCAGACACUAUUUAUAAGAUGAAUGAGUACUUUGCAAGCCUCGAUGUGGACAAUAAGGGAGAAAUCUCGAUUAAGGAUGUAAUGAAGAAGUUUGAAGAGCUCAAGUUUCAAUCCUCUAGGUUUGAUCUCCUAAAAUCAGCCUACGCUGAGAACGAAGAUUUAAAAAUUCAGUAUACAGACUUCAUUGCUCGAGUCUUAGAUAUCACUAGAGAAGUAGAAAAUGAUGACCUUAUCAGAGUAUUUCAGCAUUUUGAUUCAGACGGGUCUGGAAAAAUCACAAAAGAUGACCUUAAAAUGGUUAUGAAAAGAAAAGGCGAGAACCUUAGUGAGGAAGAGCUUAAUGAGCUCAUUGGACAGGUCGACUCCUCUCUUAGAGCUGGAAAAAAUGAAAAUAAUAGAACAGAGAUUAAUUUUGAGACAUUCAAAAAUUAUAUGCUGAAGCUUUCUCCAAUGUCUCCAAGUCUUAGAGACAAAGAGCAGUUCAAGUUCAAAGGGGAGGCUACAUUCUCAAUGGAUAUAUUAGAUGAUUCAAAUACCCAAGCGUAUGUUGAUAAAAGACCCACAAGCAUAGGCUCUCGUUUAAACUCCUCUAGUGACUCAUUAGGAAAGAAGCAGACUUCCUUUGACAUCCAAAUGGAGUAUGAUGAGAACUAGGCUAAUUUAGGAACUAAACUCACUCUAAGUGCUAAAAAGGUACUCUGCCUUGUUGAUAAUAAUAACUAUUCA